CUGAUAAGAGCAGGGUUUAAAAAGGCCACAUGCCACAGACUGCGCCAAAACAGCGCAACGUGCGGCACAAGCGCGCGACACGGACACUCACACGCGCAUACACUCAAACACGCGGACACGGGGACAGGGGGACACGGGGAAGACCACCGACAUGCUGGUGCUGAUACUGAUCGCCGUGUGCGGAAUUAGCGCUCUGUUCAGCGCUCGCGCCGCCGGGAUGCCGCUCUCGGACGCGGGGCCGCACGUGUCGGGGGACUGGGGGGAACCGGUCCGACUGCGGCAUCUGUUCGCAGCCAGACCCGGACUGCACCUGCAGAUCAGCGCAGACGGCAAGAUAGGAGGAUCCCACCUGCAGAGCAUCCAGAGUCUGGUGGAGAUUCGCAGUGUAGACACUGGCUAUGUGGUUAUCAAAGGAGUGGCCAGCUCCCGCUAUCUCUGCAUGGAGGCAAAUGGGAAGCUGUAUGGAUCGCACAUCUAUGUGAAAGAAGACUGCUCGUUUCUGGAGCGGAUUCAACCAGACGGGUUCAACAUCUACAUGUCAGACAAACACGGGACUUAUCUGAGCCUGGGUGGUGGGAAAAAACGGCCCCACAGUGAUCUCGCCCAGUUCCUGCCUAUGGUCAAUACCUUGACACAGGAGCCAAAAGACUUCAGCUCAAGAGAAGGGCACUCUCCGCUUGACCCAGAACAGAAUCGUCACUUAGGCCUCCAUGUAGGCAGCAUGGAGUCCUUUGGGAGGUUCUCUCAGAUUGUCAUUCAGAGCCCCAGUUUCAACAAAAGAUGAUUAGAGGAUUCGCUCAGAGACUUUCAAAAGAUCUGACUCAGGAGUUCAAUCCAAAGGCAAGAGGCUGAAUGGCAGCAGCCUGCUUUUAAAGAGAAGAACAGAGGAACUCUCUCUUUCUCAAAACUCCACAGACUGUGGCAAGACGAGGAUCGAGUUUCCAAAGGCCAAUUUCCAUCAUGGACACACAGGGGGAUACGCAGAACAACGGCAUGCUUCAAGCUCACGUUAAAUCACUCCAAAUGUUGAAGCUCAAAAGAGAAGAAAAGACGUAAAAGAAGAAGAAAAAACUAUAGUAAAUAAAACACUAUUUGAGUAUCAACAGCAGCUUAGAUUUAUUUAUUUAUAAUGGUGAUCUUCAUCAUUAAUGUAAUGCGCAGACUUGUAUUAGUCUCAUAGUGAAACGCUUACUUAAGUGCACUCAUAUCUACACUGUGUAGAACUUUCAACAACCACUGUUUGUAGACAGGCUUUUGUACUAUUAUUGUAUUUAUCUUAGGCUGUGUUCAGCAAAUGAUUGUUUGUUAUAAGAUCCUAAAUGUUCUCAAUAAAAUACAGAUUUAUUUUAAA